ACAGGUGGUCCUCUAUCACCCCACCUACUACUACAAGCCCUUUCUGUUUCCUACCACAGAGAGACCGUGAGAUCUGACGGAAGUGUUGGCAGAAGGGACAGGAAAUAAUGUGAAACAAGGAAGGGGAGGGCUGCAGGUCUCAGUCACAGCAGCAGCAGGCAGAGUAUAUGGGACUGGCAGACAGAGUGCUGCGCUGCUACUCCAUGUGAUCCAGCGUGGUGGUGGAGUGACUACAGCAGCAGGAAGAUGAACAGUAACCGCAGGCUGCUCAUUGAUAGUUCUGGAGAGCUAACCCAGAGUGCAGAUGAAGACUGUUUCCUGGACGCCCCCCUCCUACCUUCGCAGAAACUUCAGUCUGAGAUCCAGCCAACCUUUCUCCCAGUUCCCACAGUCAGCGUUAGCAUUUUACUAGUACUGCUGCAGGUGGCGUUUGUAGCUCUGGCUUCCAUCGCUGGGUAUUUUUGCUUAUUCAACAAUGAAGAGGAUAUAUGCAAGAAGUACACCACUCCAUUUAAUCUAACCACCACUGUGAUCAUUUCCAAAGUCAUCCUGUGGUUACUUCAUGUGCUCAAUGAGCGUUUUGUCCAGCACCAGCAUUGCCGUGUGAGGAACCGAGGCUACCUUAACUUGUACCGAUUCACUAGGCACCUCACCACGCUUCCUGUAAUGAUACACUCCACAGGCAAUGCGGCUGUCCUUCUAAUCAUCUCUGCCCAAGACUCCUUUGGUAACAGUAACAUCUAUCUCUACCUCGUCCUGAGUGUCCUGAUCCUGGAGCUGAUCCUCUCUGUGAUAUUCCUCCUAAUGUACACAGUGCAUAUAUACAAGUUUAACAGAAGCAUGCCUAGACCAGACAUCAUUGAAGAAGAGAAGAUAUAUACAUUUCAAAGUCAUGUCAACCCAGGAAUUGGAUUCAGUGACGGAGCAAGCUUAGAAGAAGUCAUUGAGAAACAAGGUGAUACAAUCGAAUAUCUUCAGCGCCACAACGCAUUGCUGUGUCAGCAGCUCCUUGCUGCAACAUCACCUCAAACGUAGCCUCACAAGAAUAGACAGCCACAUACAUGAGUGGGCUGCCGCACAGAUGUAGACGACUGACCCACGACUUCAGUUCAGUAUGUUACUGACCUUCGUGAUUUCAAGAUCUGUCACAACUGAUUUCCCUGUCCAUGGCUCCGGAUCUGAAGCUUUAGAACGCUUAGAACUUUCUUGCUGGUCUAAAUGCUUUAACCUAAUGAAGUUGCUGUGCAUUUAUGUGAACUUAACUCGAAUUAAAUUUUAUACUGAUGGAUGGAAAAUAGAAUCUACAAUAAUGCAAAUAUCUUUUGCAUUUAUUAGUGUUUGUUUGAAUGAUUAUGUUGCUCUGUUAUGGUUUCUGUUGAAAUAUCUUUAGAUGGACCUAAUAGGAUUUAUACAGGAUCUGUAUUGCCUACUUUUGUAAUUCAACAUAAUGAGAAUCUUUUUCCCAAAAUGUAAAAAGACAAACCAAACAUAGGUGUAUAAUAUAUUUUCUUGAGUGCAACUGUACAGAAUUGUCAAUUAUUCUAAAACACGCCCACUUACUUUAUAUUUCAUAUGUAUAUUAUGGAGUUGCAGUAUUAUUUUUAUUAUUAUUGUUUCGAAGUAGAAUUUAAUCUGCUUGGACUUCGUGACUUUAGUGUCAUCAUUUUUAUUUCUGUGUGUGUAUGGUGUUUAUACAAACUGUGAUCCACAAAGUAAAAAAAUCUUCAGUUU